AUGUCAAAAAAAGUUCAAGCCAAACAAGGUACGGAUGAUCUUGUUAUGCUUCCCAAAGUUUCGGAAGAUGAAAUUUGUGAAAAUUUAAAAAAAAGAUAUAUGAAUGAUUUUAUUUAUACAAAUAUUGGUCCAGUAUUAAUUUCAGUUAAUCCAUUUAGAAAUUUAAAUAAUUCAGGACCAGAUUUUAUUGAAGCAUAUAGAGGUAAACAUGCACAAGAAGUACCACCACAUGUUUAUCAAUUAGCAGAAUCAGCAUACAGAGCAAUGAAGAAUGAUCAAGAGAAUCAAUGUGUAAUUAUUUCUGGUGAAUCUGGUGCAGGUAAAACAGAGGCAGCAAAAUUGAUUAUGGGGUAUGUUAGUGCAAUUAGUGGUUCUACAGAGAAAGUAGAAUAUGUUAAACAUGUAAUUUUAGAAUCCAAUCCAUUGUUAGAAGCAUUUGGUAAUGCAAAGACCUUACGUAAUAAUAAUUCUUCACGUUUUGGUAAAUAUUUUGAGAUUCAAUUCGAUAAGGCAGGUGAUCCAGUUGGUGGUAAAAUUUACAAUUACCUUUUGGAGAAAUCACGUGUAGUCUAUCAAAAUCCAGGUGAACGUAAUUUCCAUAUUUUCUAUCAACUUUUAGCAGGUGCAUCAGCUCAAGAGAAAAGAGAUUACGUUUUAUCAUCACCAGAGAGUUAUUAUUAUCUCAAUCAAUCCCAAUGUUAUACAGUCGAUGGUAUUAAUGAUGUCUCUGAUUAUGCAGAGGUUAGACAAGCUAUGGAUACGAUUGGUUUAACCGCUCAAGAACAAAGUGAUAUAAUUAGAAUUGUAGCCUGUGUACUUCAUAUUGGUAAUAUUUAUUUCAUUGAAGAUGAUAAAGGUAAUGCUGCAAUUUACGAUCCAAAUGCAUUGGAAUUGGCUGCAAGUAUGCUUUGUAUCGAUAGUGCAACACUUCAAAAUGCUAUCCUUUUCCGUGUAAUUAAUACUGGUGGUGCUGGUGGUGCUGGUAAUCGUCGUUCAACCUAUAACGUUCCACAAAAUGUUGAACAAGCCAAUGGUACAAGAGAUGCAUUGGCUCGUACAAUUUAUGAUCGUAUGUUCUCUUGGUUGGUAGAAAGAGUCAAUCAAUCUUUAUCAUACUAUAAAUCACCAUAUCAAAAUGUUAUUGGUAUUUUAGAUAUUUUCGGUUUUGAAAUCUUUGAAAAGAAUGGUUUCGAACAAUUUUGUAUCAAUUUUGUAAAUGAAAAACUUCAACAAUUCUUUAUUGAAUUAACUUUAAAAGCAGAACAAGAAGAGUACGUUCGUGAAGGUAUUAAAUGGGAACCAAUUAAAUAUUUCAACAAUCAAAUCGUAUGUGAUUUAAUCGAAGGUAAAUCACCACCUGGUAUUUUCAGUUUAUUGGAUGAUAUUUGUUCAACUCUUCAUGCUCAAUCAACUGGUACCGAUCAAAAGUUUUUAGAGAAAAUGGCCGGUAUUUAUGAUGGUCAUUUACAUUGGAGAGGUAUGACUGGUGCUUUCGCAAUUAAACAUUAUGCUGGUGAAGUAACUUAUGAGGCUGAGGGUUUCUCUGAUAAGAAUAAAGAUACAUUAUUCUUUGAUUUAAUUGAAGCCAUUCAAUGUAGUAAAAUGCCUUUCCUUGCUUCACUUUUCAAUGAAGAUACUGGUUCCCUUCAAAAGAAAAGACCAACCACAGCUGGUUUCAAAAUUAAAACAAGUGCUGGUGAAUUAAUGAAAGCCCUUUCACAAUGUACACCACAUUAUAUUCGUUGUAUUAAACCAAAUGAAACCAAAAAAGCCAAAGAUUGGGAAAAUUCACGUGUUAAACAUCAAGUUCAAUAUUUGGGUCUUUUAGAGAAUGUUAGAGUUAGAAGAGCAGGUUUCGCCUACAGAAAUACAUUUGAUAAAGUAUUAAAACGUUACAAGAAACUUUCAAGUAAAACUUGGGGUAUUUGGGGUGAAUGGAAAGGUGAUGCAAUCGAAGGUUGUAAAACCAUUUUCCAAGAUAUGAAUUUAGAAGCUGGUCAAUGGCAAUUGGGUAAAACCAAAGUAUUCAUUCGUCAUCCAGAAACUGUAUUCUUAUUAGAGGAAGCAUUGGAUAAGAAAGAUUUCGAUUGUACUGCUAAAAUUCAAAAAGCAUUCCGUAAUUGGAAAGCAAAGAAACAUUCUUUGGAACAAAGAGCUCAAAUCGCUCAUAUGUUUAAAGAUAAAAAAGAAAGACAAAGAAAUUCAAUCGAUAGAAAGUUCACUAGUGAUUACAUUGACUUUGAAAAUCAAUUUGGUUUACAAGAGGCAAUGCAAAAUGCACACAAGAAAGAAAGAGUCGUUUUCGCUGACACUGUCAUAAAGAUUGAUCGUCGUGCCAAACAAAAGAAUUAUGAAAUGGUUUUAACAGAUCAAGCACUCUACUUUGUUGAGAAAUCAAUAAAGAAGAAAGUUUUGGUUCAUACUUUGAUUCGUCGUGUUGGUUUACGUGAAAUUAAAGGUGUUUCAAUCUCUACUCUCUCUGAUAAUGUCAUUGUUUUCCAUUUACCAGAGCAUGAUCAAGUCAUUGAAAAUGAUAAGAAAACUGAAAUCAUCAUUGUUUUGGUUGAAUAUUUCAAAGCAAUUGGAGGUGGUUCAUUAAAUGUUCAAUUCUCUGAUAGAAUCAAUUACACUUUGAAAAAAGGUGAACAAAAAGAAAUCUCUUUCCAAAAAUCUGAACAAUGUCCAACUUUAGUCGUUAAAAAAGGUGGUAAAGGUUUAAUUGGUACAAUCGCUUCUGGUUUACCAAGUUCAACUGAUUCAACUCCAAAGAAUUAUAAUCCAAACUCAAUGUCACAAGCUUCUUCUCGUCCUGCCCCACAACAAAGUGCUGGUAGAGGUAGAGGUAUGCCACAAGGUGCUGGUCAACCACAACCACAACAACCACAACAACAACAAAGACCAAUGCCACAACCACAACAAGGUGGUGGUGCUCGUCCAAUGCCACAACCACAACAAGGUGGUGGUGCUCGUCCAAUGGGUGCACCACAACAAGGUGGCGCUCCACAACAAGGUGCUGGUCGUCAAUUACCACAACCAACUCAACAAGGUGGCGCUCCAGGUGGUAGAGGUGCUCCAAUGGGUAGGGGUGCUCCAGGCGGUGGCCCAGCAGGUGCUGGUGGAAGACCAUUACCAACUGUUGCUAAACCAGCUCCACAACCAUCAAGACCAACUGCAAAAGCACUCUACGAUUAUGAUGCAAGUUCAACUGAUGAAUUAUCAUUUAAAGAAGGUGAUAUCAUUUUUAUCGUUCAAAAAGAUAAUGGUGGUUGGACUCAAGGUGAAUUAAAAUCUGGUCAAAAAGGUUGGGCUCCAACAAAUUAUUUACAAUAUAAUUAA